AUGCCUGGAAUGAUGGGCGACAACCAAUCCCCGGAGGAAGCCUCUGACCCCAUAACCCCAACCAUGCAGCCUGAAAGUAUGGCCUCCAAAGCACGCCAAUCCGCCAGCAGCGUUGCAGAGCGUAUCGCCGCGCCCUUGCAGCCGGGCGAUACAACGCCCACCACCCGCCGUAUGUCUGAUACACCCUCUACCAGCCGUGUCCAUGGCAAGGGCAGCGGCGUGGACGUCGGCGAGGGCUGGAGCGACGUGCAGGCGCAGAAACAAGAGGAUAAAGGCAUGAUGCAGUCUGCGCAGGAGAUGGUUGCGAAGGCGUUGGGGGGUGGUUCGCGGGGAUCUAGCUAG